GGGCCGACCUGCAGGAGGCGGCGGCGGCGGCGGCCGAGGCCGAGGGAAGAUGGCGGACGGUGUGGACCACAUAGACAUUUACGCGGAUGUGGGCGAAGAGUUCAACCAGGAAGCGGAAUAUGGUGGGCAUGAUCAGAUAGAUUUGUAUGAUGAUGUCAUCUCUCCAUCUGCAAAUAAUGGCGAUGCCCCAGAAGAUCGGGACUACAUGGAUACUCUUCCACCAACUGUUGGUGAUGACGUGGGUAAAGGAGCAGCGCCAAACGUCGUCUACACUUACACUGGAAAGAGAAUUGCAUUGUAUAUUGGAAAUCUAACAUGGUGGACGACAGAUGAGGACCUAACUGAAGCAGUUCACUCUUUGGGAGUAAAUGAUAUUUUGGAGAUAAAAUUUUUUGAAAAUCGGGCAAAUGGACAAUCAAAGGGAUUUGCCCUUGUUGGUGUUGGAUCUGAAGCAUCUUCCAAAAAGUUAAUGGAUCUUUUGCCUAAAAGAGAACUUCAUGGUCAGAAUCCUGUUGUAACUCCAUGCAAUAAACAGUUCCUGAGUCAGUUUGAAAUGCAGUCCAGGAAAACUACACAAUCAGGACAAAUGUCUGGGGAAGGUAAAGCUGGUCCUCCAGGAGGCAGUUCACGUGCAGCAUUUCCACAAGGUGGUAGAGGACGGGGCCGUUUUCCAGGGGCUGUUCCUGGUGGGGACAGAUUUCCUGGGCCAGCAGGACCAGGAGGGCCACCUCCACCUUUCCCAGGAAAUUUGAUCAAGCAUCUUGUUAAAGGAACUCGGCCUUUGUUCCUGGAAACUAGGAUUCCAUGGCAUAUGGGGCACAGCAUAGAGGAAAUACCCAUUUUUGGCCUAAAAGCUGGACAAACUCCACCGCGUCCACCUUUAGGCCCACCUGGCCCACCUGGUCCCCCAGGUCCUCCACCUCCUGGUCAGGUUUUGCCACCUCCUCUAGCAGGACCUCCUAAUCGCGGAGACCGCCCUCCACCACCAGUUCUUUUUCCUGGACAACCUUUUGGGCAGCCUCCGUUGGGUCCACUUCCUCCUGGGCCUCCACCUCCAGUUCCAGGCUACGGCCCCCCUCCAGGUCCACCGCCUCCACAGCAGGGACCACCUCCACCUCCAGGCCCCUUUCCACCGCGACCACCAGGUCCGCUAGGGCCUCCCCUUACACUUGCUCCUCCUCCACAUCUUCCGGGACCACCUCCAGGUGCCCCACCACCAGCUCCACAUGUGAAUCCUGCUUUCUUUCCUCCACCAACUAAUAGUGGUAUGCCAACAUCAGAUAGUCGGGGUCCACCACCAACAGACCCAUAUGGCCGACCUCCCCCAUAUGAUAGGGGUGACUAUGGUCCUCCUGGGAGGGAAAUGGAUACUGCGAGAACACCUCUGAGUGAAGCUGAGUUUGAAGAAAUCAUGAAUAGAAAUCGGGCAAUCUCAAGCAGUGCUAUUUCUAGAGCUGUGUCUGACGCUAGUGCUGGUGAUUAUGGGAGUGCUAUUGAAACAUUGGUAACAGCAAUUUCUCUAAUUAAACAAUCCAAAGUAUCUGCAGAUGAUCGUUGCAAAGUUCUUAUUAGCUCUUUGCAAGAUUGCCUUCAUGGAAUUGAGUCUAAGUCCUAUGGGUCUGGAUCAAGACGUGAACGAUCGAGAGAAAGGGACCAUAGUAGAUCACGGGAAAAGAGUCGGCGUCAUAAAUCUCGGAGUAGAGAUCGCCAUGAUGAUUAUUACAGAGAGAGAAGCAGAGAGCGAGAGAGACACCGGGAUCGCGACCGUGACCGUGACCGUGAGCGUGACCGAGAGCGAGAGUACCGUCAUCGUUAGAAGCUGAAGGAAGAGGAACACCUUCCAAGACAAAACAGUCUUCACGGGGGAAAGUGACGCUUGUCCAGCAGUUUGCUUCUUGUGAUUGAACUGAACCUGUAAGGAUUCAUGGAUAAACUGAACAGGAAUAGAUCUGAAUAAAGCAAAUCUGCAUAAAUGGUAACCAGUAGCUCUACUUUUAUUUUUUAUGUUGCUUAACUGUUUUAUUUGAAGAAAACCUGUGUGAUUUAAAAAGUUAAUAGCUUUUGCAACUUUAUUACUGGUUAUAUAUAUUUGGCCAUUAUAAUGUGCAAGCAAUUGGAAAAAGUCAAGUAAAUGCUUGUUUUUAUAGUAGUUUGUUCUUGUUAAAAUGUUCAUAUGAUAAUGUCUGUAAACAGCACCAAUUUGAUUACAAUAGAUGUAGUGUUGUAAUAAACUGUUUAAUGGGGCUGAUGUGUAAAGCUGUUCAAGUUAUUUGAUGUUUACACCUCAGGGAAAGUCUUGUGUUCAGCAAUAUCUAAAGAUAAUGUUACUAUGACAACAUUUUUACUGUCCUUUAAAAAAGCAUUGCAAUAGCGUGUUUGGAUAUGCAUCAAUCUAAUCUUACGUUCAGUGAGUUAAACAUGGCUAAUUAAGUGUCUAUUGCCCUUGAUUUUGAUAUUAGAAUAGGUGAUUACAUGGGUAUUUAAUAUUUCUAUAUUCUGCUUUUCUAGCUGUUUUUACCUAGUUAGCUUGUGAUUUUGCAGAAUGGUAUGUAAACGUGUGAAAACUGAAAUUUGACAGAGCAAUCCAGUCAAUGUGUUAGGGGGUCAAAAAAUUUAAGGUUGUAACAUUUUUGGUAAAAACUCAUGUAUAUGCUACAGUAAUGCAGCUUAAUUACAACCCAGAUAUACUGAAACAAUACAUUGUGAACUGCUAGCAUUUAAGAUAGAUUUUGAUAAUUCUGAUUUCAUGCAGUAAUUUACUGUUUCAUGCUGAUGGUGCCAUAGGCAGUGUAAUUAUGGCUAUACAGCAAGAUAAGUAAAGAAAGCCCUAGUAUUGUACUUGAUACAGACUUCUGAAGGGUGUGAUGUUUAUUAUUAACAUUGGGUUGUAUUCUUCAGUGUGAAUAAUGAAAAAUUAUAGUUACACUGUCUUCAUGGCUCAAGGAAUUCUGUGUAUAUUCCUGUAACCUUGUUGAUUUAUGCUUGAUUAGAGUUAAUCAGUUGAUUUUUUUUUUUUUUUUUAGAUCCAGCCUUAAUAAAAGGUUGAAUUAAAAGCACCUGACUAGCAUGUGUUCUGCAAAAUUAGCAGAGACAGACUAUCAAUUUGAUUGCCCAUUUUUAUAGGAGGGUAAAAAUUUGAAUUACUAAAGAAAUUUUAGAUAAAGUCCUUAAGCUAAUUUGUGUUAAAUGUUUUAAAGAUCUUAUUACUUAUGAGAGAUCUUUGGAUAGUAUGCAUUGGCUUUUAAAAGUUUACCUAAAAUUAAGAGCAAUGCUUAAGGAAUGUACCAUAGGUUGAGAUAACGUGCAACUUGAGAGAUUUGUACUCUUUCUUCUUCAGUUUUAUCUUUUCUGCUUUUAAAAUACUCAAAAAUAUCCAUACCACUGCCAGUUCAUUUUAAAACAUUUUGUGAGCAGAGUAUUUUUUUGGAAGGGAUCAUUGGUGUUUACCAGAACUGUUUGUUGUUAGCUCUCAGAAAUGAUUUUUUUCUUAAGUGUUUAAUCUUGUUGAAAUGCAAUUACCUUUAAUUUGGGAGUUGUAUCAAAAUCUGUUUUCUUGUUUUGUAUGUAGAUAUUGCAAGUUUUUGUCAUUUCUUAGCUUUUUUUAAUAGUUCAAUUACAAUACCCUAAUGUGAAGCCGUUUGGACAUACAUGUGUUUACAAGGGAGAUUAGUUAAUAGUGAGAUUAAAAGGUAAGUACAAUGUCCAUAGAUAGAAUUUCUCUGAGCAUUUUUAAAAUGGAUUCAAAAAAUACAUAUACUUGAAAUGAAACUGGAGAUUUUGUACUAAUUUUAAUCCUUUAUUACCUUUUAUUCUUUUUUUAAAAAAUCAGUUGGAACAUUUCGUUGCUCUAUGUCACCCUUCUUGCUUGACCUGUCUCAUCAAUAAGUGACAUUGGGUGCAGAUAGUGCGAGUGUACUAGCAUUGUUUGCUGCUGCUAGCCCAUUAUUUUAAGUGUUGUCAGGAAGAAAUAAAAACUUUGGUUUGUCUAAUUUUGCAAUGUCUCCUACCUGAUAACACAUGAAUGUAUAGCAGUAAAAGUAAAAAUUUCAAACCUUGUUUUAUUUGUCAAGGCCCUUCUGUUGUUUAGGAGCCAGUUUCAUUUGAAAACUGGUUUUUAAUGUAUAAAAACAAUCCAAAGAGAUAAAAUUUUGCACCAAAAAAAGAGAAAAAAGAGAGAGAGAGAUAGACAGACAGACAGGAAAGAAGAAGUCAGAAGAAAAAAGGAGCUAGGGAGAGUUUUUUAAAACUUGUAGUUCAUCUAUCUGUGACAAUGAAAACAAGCUUGAGUUGAUCUUGCAUCCUAGUGUUGCCUAGUGCUGUGUAGCCACAUUCCUUGUAACUAGAGGAAGACUCCAGAGGCGUGGGACAGCGCCCACAGGGUGUUUCUCCUGGAGCAGCACUUUGAAUUCAGUAGACUGCUUUGAGGUAAAAGAGAUACAUUCAUAGAAAGGAUUCUUUGAGUGUAAAUGGACAUGUGUUUAUGUUUCGUCAGUUUCCAUCAGCAAGGUGGGCAAGCUUCUGAGUGAUGAGCAUAUGUUAGACCACUUCAUGUCUCCUUAACCUAUAGUCUUAAGCAGUUAACUACAACUUGGAAUUUACAAAUAGCAUGUAGCUUAAGGUAUUAUUUUAAUUUGAUUCUCCUAUGGAGACUGUUGGUUUAGUUUUUACUAGUUUAAAGUCAGUUCUAAAAAUAUAAACAUGGAAGUUUUCAUGAAUAUUGUAUAAUAUUUUAUAGUAAAGGGGGGAAGCUGUUGAAAAGGGUAAGACUUUCUCUUUCCCUGUGUUAAAAUGUGCCAAUAGCCUGAGUACAUUCUGUUUCAUACAGCGAGAUGCUCCUGCAGGACUCUUGGAGUGGAGUGCUCUUCACACUGUAGUCUUGCUGCCCACGUGGCCGUUACACUAUCUGUGCUUUAAGCUUCAGCUUAAGGUAUUUUAGAGGGAAUUUACGUUCUGAUUCUUUACUGAGAAUACAGUAUUGAGAUUCUUGCUAUUGCACAGAUAAACGGAUUUUUAAAUUUUAUUCAUGAACUUCAUUUGCAUCCCAUAGCCCUCUGUAAAUGUUUCCCCCGGUUGUAUGUACUUACUAAGUGCACGCUUUUUCAUUGUACAUACUGGACAUUUUUUGUGCUAAAAUAUAAUAAGUAGGGUUUUUGUAGCAAAGCAUUCUAUUUUUAUGUUCUAAUAGUGUAUGUGUUAACAUUAAUAUUCAGUUUAAACACUGGUGUAUUUAUUUUUAGCAACUUGACUCCUAGAAGCCUUAGACUAAUUUUUAAAUAAACAUUCAACCAAAAAUUAUGAAUUUCUUGAGAUGUGGCCUUAUAUGUGGUGUUUUCUGUGUUCAUAAUGUGAGAUUUUUUUAAAUUUAGAUUUUAUUUAAAUCAAGAUUUAGAAUUAGUUUGAUUUUAAGUCAAAAUAGAAAAUGUAUUAAUCGUCUAGGCUUCUGGGAGAAGUUCUUAUACUCUUCUUUCUUGGCAUUAGAAAGAAGCAAUAUGAAUUUAUGAAUAUUCAAGAUAUUCAGGCCAUUGUAUUAUAUUCAGAUUGCUUUAGGUUUGUUUUAGCCCAGUGUUUCUUUAAAGUUCCAGGUGGUUGGCAUCCACUGAGUACACAGCUACUGUGGUUUUUAUAUGGGGCGUGUGAACUCUUGGUUACAUACAGGCAGGUUCCUGCUACAGUAAUCAUGCUGUAACGGGAGGCAUUUAAAAUAUUAGGUAACAUUUAGUUGAAGUCACACAGGUCUUGAAUGGUAUUCAUGGAUAGUAAAUACUACGAGCAGUUUUUCAUAUCAGAGAAUACCCUAAAACUCCACCGUGGGAGUAAAUUACAUUCAUUUCAUGAUUGGAUAUACCCUUCAUUUUAGUAAAAUACUUCAUUUUGAAAGUUAUUUUCUGCCACACUGUUACUGCGUAACACUUCUCAGCAUUUCUGUAUGCAAAUUAUUUUAAAAUACAGUGAUAAAUUCAUGUUUGUUUAUUUUUUACUUUGGAAAUUGUAGUACUCAGGUAGUAUUUAAUGAGGUGAAUCAUAAUGUAUUUUGAGGACUGCAACUAUAACAUUUAUGACUGUAGCCUUAAGAAAAGGUCUAUUAUUCCUUCCUUUGCAUCCCAUGGUAUAUUAUCAAAGUAGUUUACAGUCCCGCACAGCCUUACAAAGUUGUUUUACAAUUUUUUAUGGAAAACCCUUAACAAAAAAACAAAAAUUGUAUCAUAUUACAGUACCUAUGAGUUAUUGAAUAAUCACCCUUUGUAAAUAAGUUGUUUAAUACCAGAAGGCCAAAGAAAGUCUUGAGAUUUUAGCUAUUGAAUGUGGUGACUUCAUAAGAUUUCUGUGCAAAAGGUAAGGUGAUAUUCCAUCAACAGGCAUUCUUUUGAUGUCCAUGAAAAUUAGACUUCCAUAUUAGCUUCUUUCAAAAGGCUCAUUCCCAUUUUAUUAAAAUGUUUGUACUUGCAAUUUUGUGUUUAAUGUUUACUUUGUCUUUUCUUUCUUUAGCAUUUAGGUGACUGUUCAGCAGUUUUCUAUAUGGCCAUUGUUGGCCUUAAACUGCGCUAGUAACAAGCAUGGUAUUUAUCUUGUAUUGAAAAUAAAAACAAAGUUUUGGUACUA